CGAGCAGUGUUUGGACAAAACGAUAGUUUUCUCCCCUUUUUCUUUUCCUUGUCCAUCAUGGAAGGUGUGAUUAGUUAUAACGAAACAAACAUCACUCUAUCGAACGUGACGGGGAAUUCCAGCACCAACUUUGACCAUUAUUAUUUCUUCAAGACAGAACAGAGGGUGUUCCUGUGCGUCCUCUUCCUGUGUAUAAUAUCCGGUAACACCGCGGUCCUCGUCAUCAUCUUCCUGACCAGAAAGCUCAGAUCAAGAAUGAAUAUUUUCAUGGCAAACCUCGCUAUAGCUGACCUGUUAGUGGGCCUGAAUGUAGGCAUUGACUUGCUUGAGAAGUUCCUUGUGGACUGGUAUGGCGGAGACGUGCUGUGUAAGGCGGUCAAGUUCUACAGUGGCGUGGCCGUGUACGGCUCGACCUACGCACUGGUAGCGAUGUCCAUAGACCGGUUUGAUAGUGUAGCAAGACCUCUACAGACGAUGGCAAAAGGAUUUCGGGUCCGCCUUCUGAUUGGGAUUCAGUGGGGUUUGGCAUACCUGUUUUCAAUGCCGAUGUUUAUGUAUAAAGAAGAGGAAAAACACUCCAAAGUACAGUGUUACCUGUAUCUGCCUGAACCGUGGAUGUGGCGCGUGUACAUUACACUAACAUCGCUGGCAGUGAUGUUUGUCCCGACCUUGAUUAUCGCCAUCUGUUACAUCACCAUAGUAACAGUGGUCUGGCGGAAGUCCUCAUUCACAGUGUCCUCUCGGAGAAGUAAGGCUGAGGACUCUUGCAUGGAACUUUCCACGGUCGUCACCAAAGAUGGUUUCUCUGAAGAAAGAACGCCACUUAAGCCGCCUCAACAAAAGCGAGUUCAUUGGCAGAAGACUAGUGGCUCCAGUUCCCGAGGAAUCAUACCGAAAGCUAAAAUCAAAACCGUCAAAAUGACGUUUGUCAUUGUUCUAGUCUUUGUGUUCUGUUGGACUCCAUACUGGACUUUCAACCUUUUAACCGUUUACGAUCGUGUUCCGCAUUCUCAGAGUAACAUCGCCAUCUCUGUUUUUAUUCAAAGUUUAACUUCACUGAACAGUGCCGCCAAUCCGCUCAUAUUUUUCCUCUUUAAUUCGGCCCUCUACAAAAGACUCUGUGCUAAGCGUUCUCCCACAGCCCCUCCAACGACCUCCGUUUCGCAUUUGUGACGUCACUACUUAAUACCACGCCUUUCCUCAGUUGCAGAAGUUCAGAAUACACUGACAGGAUGCAUCAGGGUCACGUGGUUAAUUGGCUGAUGGUGCUUCACUUAUAUACCGGUGAUAAGUUUUAUCUUAUGCUGUAUUUUGAUUGUAAAAAUACAUAUUGUUUUUGUAACAAAUGAUUAAUCAUUCAGUGAUACUUAUUGAGACGAUAUAUUAUGAAACAUCAGGUCUCAAUUCCAUUAAACCAUAUCAAAGUGGUUUGGAGCAACAUGAGUUGUAUUUUUUUUCUUUUUAUUUUUCUACUGUAUUAUAUGAUAUAAUACAUAAACAUUUGAUUAAAAAUAAAUUUUUGUAUAGA